AUCUCUCGUUUCCCUUUCCCCUAACCAGUCUGAAGAAGGGUCUCGACCCGAAACGUCACCCGUUCCUUCGCUCCAUAGAUGCUGCUGCACCCGCUGAGUUUCUCCAGCAUUUUUGUGUACCUCUGCUGUAAGAUCUUUGGUUGUUUCGACCUGCUGCGUGAUGACGUCGGCCGGGCUGCGAGGCGCUGCCGCGGGUGUGCGCGCGCACGAAGGGUUCCGUGCUGGAAGGCGCGAAGACGUGCGCUCGCGCGGUGCGAGAGAGACGUGUUUGUCGGGGUUGGCGCCGGGCGGGGCGGACAUCUCUCCCUCCACACACGUUAUUAACAGCGGCGCUUUACAGACGUCGUCCUUCAACGACAUUCUGUUUUUUUACCAAAAAAAUAUUCCCACACUUGCAAAGUAUUCUCUUGGAGCUUGUUAGUCGUUUCACGUUUGAACACUUUGGAUGCUGCCUGACCUGCUGGGCUCCACUAGCGGAGUGUUUUAUCCCCAAUUUAUGUCUAAUUUCAUUGAAAGUUGAAAAUGGUCAAACUGAAUAAAAAAGAAAUGGAUGUAACAUUUAUCUUCACAGAGAUACAAGGGUUCGCUGAGGAGCUAUUGAAACAACAGUCAGUUAGAAAUGUAGACGAAGUGAUUGACACACUGUUUGAUAAAGUUGCAGUUUUGGAUGAAGUAGAAAUUAACAAAAUCAAGGAUGCACAGAUGGAAGAGUGUGCCAUUAAUCUGUGGAACUGGGCAGUAACUAAAAGACUGGAAUCUUCAAUUAAUGAUGAACAAAGAACAAAAUUGCGUCAUGUGGCUUGUAAGCUGGUCUAUUUGAGUGGCUGUGCUGAUCCCACUGAGGUGUCACUGCAAAGACAAAUACUGAUGUUUACAAAAACCGGACGAAGCUGGCUUGACUGUACGAAGCCACUGCUGGCAAAUGAAUUUCUGGACUUGGCUGUGACAAGUUUGGAGAUGUUAUAUGCAAAGCUAACGGCUGGAUCUGAUGGGAUAUCAGAUGUAAAUGUUCAUAAGAAUGAUGUGGAAAAGGACCUUUUCAAAGUGCAUUCCUAUCAAGCAGAAUCAGCUGUGAUUCAGUGCGAUCAUAAGAAUGCAGUGAAUUGCAUCCAGCGCUGCAAAGAUAUGCUGCUCAGAAUGCCCAAAGAGACAGGUUAUUUGUCCCUGCUGUGUUACAACUUUGGAGUAGAAACCUAUCAGCAGAAGAAAUAUGAAGAAAGUGCUUUCUGGCUGAGUCAGAGCUAUGACAUUGGAAAAGUGGAUAAAAGAUAUUCCCCAGGUUCUCCUGUGCAGGCAAAAGUUUUGCGUUUAUUAGCUAAUGUUUACCUGGAGUGGGACAUCAGGCAACAUCAGGAGAGAGCUCUCAAUGCUGUUGUUUUGGCAAAUGAAGAAAAUCCCCAUCCAGCUGGACUGUUCUUAAAGAUAAAAAUCCUAUUGAGCUGUGCUUUUCCUGAUGAAGCUGUUUCAGCAGGUAAGAAUCAGAAAUGUAUUCAAAAACUUAUGAAGCCCAGUAGAGAUGUACUGUCCUUUGAAUUUCUCACAACUCUGUCCAAGCAGUUUGAAACCUGUCAUGAUAUUGGGAAAAUUUUGCUGUUGCAUUUCAUGCAACUUUUGCAGAGAGGCAAAGAGCAUCUUGCCAAGCAAAAAAUAGAAGACAUUAUUACAGGUCAUUACACUGGGAAAAGGCUGUCAUCGGAUAUUCUGACCCAAUUUCACAUUGUUCUCUGGGAAAGAGCUGCCAAGUAUUUUGAGAUGCAGAAUUAUACUGAGGCACUCCAAUGGUACAAUUAUUCAUCAAGUUUUUUUUCUGCUGGACAAAUGGAUCAGAAUCUAGCUAGACUGCAGAGAAACAGAACAUCGUGCUAUCUACAUCUGAAUCAGAAGGAAAAGGCAAAAGAGGCCAUAAAAGAAGCAGAACAAAUUGACCCCGAUAAUAUCUUCACACAGUUUAGUGUCUUCAAAAUUGCCAUUUUGGAAAAUGAUGUACCAAAAGCUGUGCAGGCAAUUAAAACAAUAGGGAAACUUGCCGAAAAACCAAAAGGACAUGAGGAUAAUAUGCUAACCAGCGGAAUCCCAGUGACUGAUAUUUUGAGUCUCGCUACACAAGUUGCUCUAGAGAAUGAACAGGAGGAUGUUGCCAGAAAAGCAUUUGAAUAUUUAUGCGAAUAUUCCCAAGACAGCACUCAAUUAUUCACAGCUCUCAGAAGUUUAAUUCGCCUUGUGCCUUCUAUUUCGGACACUGAUGUUAAAAACGUAAGAUAUGAGCGACUGGAUUCUCUGUUAACGUAUUUGAAGACUGCUCAUAAGAAACUGAUAAGUCAGUUAGCUGAAGGGAGGAUGAGUGUUGAGCUGAAAAGUAGUGAAGCCAAUUGGUUCCGAAAGAUAGCAUGGAAUUCAGCACUGCAGUGCGAAGAUUGCCCAGCAAGAAUGAGGGAAUUUUUCACUCUUUCUUAUCAGUUUUCACAGAUGCUGUCAGUUGACAAGACCAUUUUGGUUGGUCAAAAGACUUGUUUAUUAAUGGCCGCAGCAGCUAGUCUGGAGAUUGGUCGAAAAGCAACAAAUACGUCGGAGCAGAUAGGAAGUCUGACUCAAGCACGGGAUGAUAUUCAAGUUUGUUGGGAAAUUUGGACCACAAUGAAAUCCACAGCUGCAGGUGACAUUUCAAAAGACCCUACAGAGACACUGCUACUACUUUAUGAAUUUGAAGCAAGAGCUAAAUUGAAUGAUCCAGAAUUAGAGAAUGUAUUAGAGAGAGUAUUACAACUAAAGCAAAUAGAACCUAAAACACUGGAAACGCUAGCUGCCUUAUCCAUGGAAUCUCCUGCUCAUUACCCAUCACUCUGUAAAAAACUCUUGAAGAUUGCGUUAUCUCUGCAAAAGAAGCAGCCUCGUAUGGAUGUCAUACGGUGCAGCAAGUUUCUGCACAGUCUGAUCCAGAUCUCACUCCCCACAGGAGUGACUGAAAUUGAGCCUCUGAUUCUGGAGGAGGUUUGGUCUUUCUAUGAGGAAGUAUUAAUAAUUACUGAGAGCUCGCAGGAGGAAUACCCAGAAAUAGAGAUCCUGUGGCUGAUGACUCGUGCUUGGAACACUGGAGCUGCCUUGUAUAGUUUUGGGAAAUAUUCUGAAGCAGAACAAUGGUGUGGACUGGGAAUGAGGUUUCUGAAACAUCUGGGUUCUCUUCGGGCCAGCUAUGAAAGUCAGAUGAUGGGGCUCUACACUGAAAUUUUGGAUAGAAUGGAUAGAGAAAAGAAGAUUCUCCCUAUUGAAGAGUAACAGAAUUUCUAUUCACUGGACAUGGGACAUUUCAGGAAUAUAGAAUGGUGGUUCUCUGGAACAGUAAACCUAUCUAAAUGAUCUAUUCUAUUUGUUAUUUUUCAUAAGAAAUGUUUGUGUUAAGAUUAAUUUUAUAUUUGUCCCAAACAAUAAGACCAAUGAGGAAAACGUUAAAAAAGGAUAUGUUUUGCUUUGUAGCUUAUUUGAAUUUCAUUGAAGUUUAAAAUAAAAUAUAAGGUGAUAUCCAAUCCUAAACUACAUGACAAAUUUAGUAUUUCAAGAAUAGUAUUCCAUAUUCUGGGUUGCAAAUAUCAAAUUUGUGAAUAAUAUACUGGCUUGCCAGAUGUACUUUAAGAAGAAUGUUUAAGAAGAAAACACAGUAAUUUAUUAGGAUACAAACCUGUCAGCAUAUUUCAUUUGCUCCGCUUUGUGAAUGUUUUGUUGCUAGACUGUCAAGAGUAUGAGACAAUUGUUGUAGAUAACAUGCAAACAGCACGUAUAUUUAAAAUAAACUGUGACUUUCCAGGGAAUGAAGGACAGUUGUUUGAACAUUAAUUACCCCCUGUUAAAAAAGCAUUAUAAAUUAUCAAAUCCCCAUUAAUAUAUAGAAAGAGAUUCAGGGUAAUGGCUUUUGCUUGAAUUUCUUUGAAACAAAUCAGGAGUAUUAUGAUCAUGAAAUUUGAUCAUGAAAUUUGAGUUGUCAAUUUCCCUGUUUGGAUUUGACCACAAGCAAAUUCAAAUGCAUCAUCUAUUUCAGUUGCCAUGCAGAUUGUGAUGUCACUGCUCUAUUUAGUUUAUUUAGCUGUGCUACACGUUUUUGAUUAAUCUAAGAAAAUUAUUUUGUGUGUAAUCUAAAUGUAAAGGUACAGCUUGUUGACAUUUAUCUUCUACCUGUAAAUUCAGUAUUAUAUGUUAAUCGUGUAAAAGUUCUUAGGUAAUUCAUCAGGAUGGAGGAUGACUUGCUUUCAUGCUGUUUUGGGGGUUUUGGAGGUAACAGAUAAGCCAUUGUAAUUCCCAUUGUAGCUCCCAUGUCUCACGAAUGAUAGGUAGGCAGUUUGAAGGAUGGACAGGUAGAUGCUUCUUAACAUAACAGAACCAAGGGAUAUGGGGAGAAAGCAGGAACGGGGUAUUGAUUUUGGAUGAUCAGCCAUGAUCAUACUGAAUGGCGAUGCUAGCUCGAAGGGCCGAAUGGCCUACUCCUGUACCUAUUUUCCAUGUUUCUAACAUUGUGAACUCUGUACCCUUGUGUCAUUGUGGAUUUUGUAUUUUUUGAAGAUAGCUGUGAGAACAUUCUUGAGUCAUUUCCUUUAUCCAGAAGAUAAUUUCUUAUCAUGAAAGAGCUCAGAAUCAAGUGUUUUUAUAAUCUUGUGUUGAAAAUACGAGCAAUGAGGCUUGCCCAACAGUGCUGACUAAGUGAAGUCAGGAGUC